CCCCCUUGAGGGUUGCUUUUUCGAGGGAUUGUUCUGCCCCGGAAACCCUAACCCUAACCCUUGCCGCCAUCCCCACUCCAAAAGCUCUUCCUCCCUCCCCUCCCCCCCCGCCGCGCGGGAUCGCUUUCAAAUCUUGAGAUCGAGCCAGAUCCUCUUCUCCGCCUUUAUAUUGAUUCCGUUCGAUCCUCGGUUUCUUGAGAUCUAUAACCUCCGGUUUCUGGAGAUCUAUAACCCCCGGCUUCCUGCUUUUUCUGGUUCCUUGAGGCGAUUUGGGCGCAGGUAUUGGCCUUCUCUGAGUGGUCUGGGGGCCGAUUUGCUGCGUUUGCCACCGAUUUGAAUCGAGGGGGACGGAAGAUCGUAGGCGGGCGGUGAUGUCUCGGUGCUUUCCGUACCCGCCACCGCCUCCAUAUUACGAGGAGGGCCUGAUCGAAUCGAUUAAGAAAGAAAGUGAAAGGGCGAAGAAGGAGAGGAGGAAAGAAAAGAAAAGGGAGAAGAAAGAGAAGAGGGAGAAAGCUGGUCAAGAGCAUGAGGAAUCUAAACGCUCAAAACAUAGCCACAAGAAGAGAAAGUAUGAGGAAAGGAGCCAGCUGAAUCAGAAGGACGGCUACAAUGCAAAAGCAAAAGCUGCUGCUGGUGCUGUUGAGCAGUUGGAGGGGAGUGGCCUCACAGAAGAGCAUGAGCAGCCAUAUUCUAUUCAGAAUAUAUAUGACUCCUCUGAGAGCUCUCAGGACAGCAGCAAGAGGAGGAAGCUUGUGGUCCCCAAUGUCAACCAGAAUAGCCAUGGUUCGAUCCUUCGAAUCAGGUUACCACUGAUUAAACAAAAAGAUGCAACACUACCGGCAAACAUUCCAGUUGUGAAAGAAAAAGAUCCGACACCACCUGCAAGCAUGCCAACUUUGAAACAAAAAGAUCCAGUGCCACCUGCCACCAUGCCCGUGGUGCAGAAGAAUCUAAAGCCACCUGCCACCAUGCCCGUGGUGAAACAGAAGGAUCUAAAGCCACCUGCCACCGUGCCUGCGGCGAAACAAAAAGAUCCAGUGCCACCUGCCACCAUGCCCGUGGUGAAACAGAAGGAUCUAAAGCCACCUGCCACCAUGCCCGUGGUGAAACAGAAGGUUCUAAAGCCACCUGCCACCGUGCCAACGUUGAAUCAAACAGAUUCAGAGCUUUCCAGAACCAGAACCAGCGAAGAACCAUGCUUCUCUGGCAGGGUCACAGAAACUGCCCUCGAAAUGGAAGCAGCAAAAUCUCCUUAUAGCAAGUCUAGCUCAAAAAGGAAUAGGAGGAUCCAUGAAAUGGAAGGGCAGUUCAGAGAACUUAUAAUGAACUGGAACCCUCCACCAUUGCAGCUGGAGCAUUCAGAUAUUAGCGACCAAGACUGGUUGUUUGGGUGCUCAAAGCGCCGUUCCAGUCUUAAUUCCAACAUGCAUGAAGCCCACAAGGAAGGCUUGUUGAGUCAUGGGAGCAGUGUACCAUCUUCCAUGCAGCCUCAAGCUUGUUAUCUACCUGGCUUUGAUACUUAUCAACUGCCGUACGUGAUUCCAUAUUGAACUUGUGGAGGAACAUGCUUAUUGUACGAGAGCAUUUUGUAAUAAGUACGAGAUGGGCGACGGUGGGAUGGCAAUCAGUUUUUCUUCUCUUUUCUCCGGGGCUGCUGCUGAGAGUAAUUUGUAUUCAGGGUUUUUAAGUUGGGCAGCAUAUCAAUAAAAUUAUAUGAUAGAUUCAAUAGCUCAUUCUUGUCCAGGAAUCCAUUCGUUGGAUCCUGUUUCAUUU